UAUAGAGUUUAAGCUCAGAUCCUUAAUAGACCUGCCUUCAUAAUACUUCUUUAUUGAAUCAUUUCCCCCUAUUUUCCCUCUUUGUUUGCUUGUUAAAACCAAAUUACCAAAAAAACUAUUUCUGUACCCAAAAAAAAAAAAAAAAAUUGUUUGUUUCAAUGGCUAUGGUUGUGUUAACUUCGGAACCAAACACCAAAACCACAAAAGCCAUCUCCUUUCCUUCAUACUUGAACUGUGGUGAUGAAGAAAGCUUUGAACUCAAGAUUGGUGAGCCAAGUAGAGGCAUUAAUCCCUUCAUUUCUGGCACCAGAAAGCAUGUCCAUCAUCUCGAGGCAAACAAAGCGGAAGAUGGAGAAAUCGACGUUUUUUCUGCAGAAAAGUACUUCAGGGAAGCAGUGGAAGAAGAAGAAGAAGAAGAACAUCCUAGGAAUGCUGCAAACAGCACCCCAAAGUACCAUCAUAAGAAGGAUGAUGAUCCAGCAGAGGAGGUAGUAGUAGUAGUAGAUCCCGUGAAGCCAAAAAGCCGGCCAAGAACUCCCAGCACCCGAUCUGAAUCGAGCUGGAAUAGCAGAAGUUUGCUGGUGCAGAAAGUGCCAAGAACUGAUCAUCAGCAGCCUAAGAACUCUAGCAGAUUUGGGAGGAGUUUCUUGGCUAGCAUUGGCUGCAAUUAUUGCUCUUGCAGAGACAAGAAUUCUCUUGAUGUUGAGGAAAAAAUCGGCGAAAUUAGCUUCAACAGAAGAAGUCCUGGAAGAGCUGAAAAGCCACCCCUCAGCAGAAAUAUGCAAAUCAAGGAUUUCCCAGUUUUCUAUCCCAGAAAUGGAAACAUAGGGGCUAAGAAGAAGCUGCAAGAGGAAGAAGAGGAAAUGAAGAGAAACUCCAUAGAGGUUUUUGGCUCUCCUGUACUAGAUAAGCCUGGGAGGAAAUCCUUUAACCUUGAGAGAAGGCUAACAAUGGUGGCUUGGGAUGCAAUUGCUCCAACAAGAUCAGAGAACGAAAACCCCCUCAGCUCCAAUGGAAUUAUUGACUACGAUACAGCAAGCGAAGCAAGCUCAGACUUGUUCGAGAUCGAGAGCUUCCCAGGCAAUUCCAAUCCAUUCCUCCCCUGUGUCACUCCAACAACAUCUUACGCCCCAAGCGAGGCCAGCAUAGAGUGGAGCGUCGUGACAGCCAGCGCAGCUGAUUUCUCGAUAGCAUCAGACACAGAAGAGCCCAAAAUUCUCUCCUCAUCAGCAAGCUUUCACAGAUCAAUCCAAAAUGGAAGAGAAUUAAUGGCCAAGGAGAAGACAAAGCGGCUCCCAAGCAUUCUCCUCGGGUGCAAGAGCCAGAAGGCGGUCGUUGUUGCUGGAGACGCGUACAGAACAGCAACUGAAAAGGCGGGGGCUCGAAGGCACCACAGCUCAGAGGCCUUUAUGCCAUUGACAAGGUUUCAUGCUGAGAGCAAGAUAGCAACAGGUUUUGGUGUCAGAAAUGCAGGGUCAUUCUCUGCCUCCAUCUCUAACCGCGAGGCGCAUGUGUUGUAUAUCUAGAUAUAUAUGUAGAUUUCACUUCUCAGAAACUGAAUUUCCAUGAAUAAAAAGAGUCCAUUUCAUGUGUGUAUGGAUAUGGACUCUGUGAGCAUCUUCUUUGUCCAUAGUUCUGCUGUUUUGGAUGUAUGCAUUUGGCUAAACACUGAAAAAGCCCAAACUUCUGUUCUCCAUUUUUAGGAAUCAUACCAUAUAUGGAUACAAAAUCUCCACUUACCUUUCCCA